AUGGAGUGUGCCAACGGCUGCGUGACGCUCAUCUACCAGGGCGCGGCGGUGCUCAAAGGUGCGUUUGGAUCGCUACGCACGUCGGACGGACACGUGUUGGGCACCGUGUCAGUGGCGGAUACGGCGCCUCGGCUGCGCAUGUCGCCGCAACAUCGGCAGGCCAUGGACACGUUCCAUGACAAUGUUGUGGCGCUGAUCGAAGACCGACUGGCCGUCGCCCUGCAAGAACAUUAA